AUUUAUAUAUAUAUCUGGAACGUGAUAAUACGCGUAUGAAUGAUCGAUGUGAUCUCCAAGUCCAACGUCUCCUUUCUAUUUACCGUGUUCCUUCCUUUGAAGUCAUUCUUCAAUUCAUCGCUCCAUUGUUCUUCAGAUUUCAAUUUUGCUGGGAAAUUUUAGAGUAGGCGACUCCUUUGAUCGCCUUAUUUCAUUUCGAAAGUUGAGAUUUUGGAUACGACCCUCUUGAUCUGACACCGGAAUGUUGGUUAGUUAAAUGGAGAGAAAAAGAACAAAGGACAGUGAACCAGGACCAGUCCCUCUGCUUGUACCGGUUGAUAGAUUUGGGUUUCUGAAACAGGAACAUGGCAGUUCUCCUCAACGUUUCACCAAGACUAAAUCAUCUAUUAAUUAUGAGAAGGAGGAGAAGAGAGUGACAAAAUGGAGGAAGAUGAUUGGAACUGGGGGUAGUGAUUGGAAGCAUUACGUUAGGAGAAAACCUCAUGUUGUCAAGAGGCGGAUUCGAAAAGGGAUCCCUGAUUGCUUAAGGGGUCUCGUUUGGCAAUUGAUCUCUGGAAGUCGAGACCUUUUGCUUAUGAAUCCCGGUGUUUAUGUGCAACUGGUGAUUUAUGAGACGUCGGCAUCAGAACUCGAUAUCAUUCGGGAUAUAUCUCGUACUUUCCCGUCACAUGUUUUCUUCCAGAAGAGACAUGGACCAGGCCAAAGAUCAUUAUACAAUGUUCUAAAAGCAUACUCUGUCUAUGACAGAGAUGUCGGAUAUGUUCAGGGAAUGGGUUUCAUAGCCGGUUUGUUGCUUCUUUAUAUGAGCGAAGAAGAUGCAUUCUGGUUAUUAGUUGCAUUACUCAAAGGAGCUGUCCACUCCCCAAUAGAAGGAUUGUAUCAGGCAGGGCUUCCUCUUGUACAGCAAUAUCUGUUACAGUUUGAUCAGUUGGUAAGAGAGCUAAUGCCCAAACUAGGAGAACAUUUCACUCAAGAAAUGAUCAAUCCGAGUAUGUAUGCAAGUCAAUGGUUCAUAACCGUCUUUUCGUAUUCACUUCCUUUCCAUUCAGCGCUACGAAUUUGGGAUGUGUUUCUAGCUGAGGGUGUUAAAAUCGUGUUCAAAGUCGGUUUAGCAUUAUUGAAGCAUUGCCAUGAUGAUUUGUUGAAAUUGCCAUUUGAGGAACUCAUGCAUGCUCUGAGGAAUUUCCCUGAAGAUGCCAUGGAUCCUGAUACUUUGCUUCCAUUGGCUUAUUCCAUUAAGGUAUCAAAGCGUUUGGAAGAAAUGAAACAGGAUUGUGACAAGGCCGUUGCUAAACCGACUCAAACGGCCAAAUCGGUUCGACAAUAGAGUUUGAUAUUCUUGAACCGAAUCAAACCGGAAAGUGGAUUCUCGAAGAUUCUUCUCAUUAUUUGUGCAAAUUUUAUCUUUCUCUCUUUUUUUACAACUCGUGUGAAAACAAUAGAAGAAUUACUUUUGUAAAAAUAUAUUUCGACUCAACAACUUUAGAUUCUUCUUUCUUUUUGGUAAUGAAAAGUCAAAUUUGAGCAAA